CCUCUGAAAAUACAGUAGUCUACCUUGCCCGUUCCCAUCCUCGCCAACUCACCGAUCCCACGAUGGGAGUGGGACCCACCCCGCUCCGUCCGUCCCGCACCUCCUCUACCUCGGCACAAGCGGCGGCCAUCUUCGUCGAAGUUGGGCAGACGAGGUGGCCGGGCCGCCCGUCUGCCCCUCGCCUUUGGCGCCAAGUCCUCAUGUUGCUCCUCCCCGCCGUUGUUGCCGCGCUCUCCCACCCGUCCCGCUCCUCCCGGCCGCCUUCGACGCUGGAUUCGCCACCGCUAGGCUGCUCUGCUCGCCCCUAUAUCCCAUCACCACCGACAGUGUAGCUGUAUUUAACAUUCCAGGCAGGACAUUUCCAGUUAAUAUCUUGUUCAUCAAAACACUUUGGGAAGAUUAUGUGGAAGCAGCCGUGAAGCAGGCCAUGACAAUCCACAUAACGAGUGGCCCUGGUGACAUCCUCAUCUUUAUGAAAAGCCAGGAAGAAAUCGAGGCUACCUGCUAUGCUCUUUCUGAGCGCAUGGAGCAGCUAAUAUCAUCGUCCACCAAGACUGUACCACAGCUUUCCAUCUUGCCAAUCUACUCGCAAUUGCUGGCUGACUUGCAGGCCAAGUUAUUUCAGAAGGCAGAAGAGGGCACUCGUAAAUGCAUUGUUGCUACCAAUAUUUCUGAGACAUCCCUCACAGUAGUAUGUCAUUGAUACCGGGUACGGAAAGAUGAAGGUCUACAAUCCACGGAUGGGCAUGGAUGCUCUUCAGGUUUUUCCGUGUAGUCGAGCAGCUGCAGACCAGCGUGCAGAACGUGCAGGGAGAACUGGUCCUGGCACAUGCUACAGACUGUUCACAGAGUCAGCUUACCAGAAUGAGAUGCUCCCUAACCCUGUGCCAGAGAUUCAAAGGACUAACCUGGGAAAUGUGGUUCUGUUACUGAAAUCUCUCGUCGAAAACUUGCUUGAUUUUGACUUUAUGGACCCACCCCCACAGGAGAAUAUCCUCAACUCCAUGUACCAGCUCUGGGUAUUAGGUGCCUUGAACAAUGUUGGUGGCCUUACAGAAAUAGGUUGGAAGAUGGUGGAGUUCCCAUUGGACCCGACUCUAGCAAAGAUUCUUCUCAUGGGGGAGCAGUUGAAGUGCGUUGGCGAAGAAAAGAAGCUAUUGUGGGAACUAGAAAAGGAGAGAAGUUCCAUGAUUUUUGAAAAUGAGGAGAAUAUGAAGGAUUAUUAUGAUCUACUACAGCAGUACAAAACUUUAAAGAGGGAUGUCCGUGAUAUUGUACUUUUGCCAAAAUAUGUUCUGCCUUUCUUGCAAUCUGGAAGGCUUGUUCGUGUCCAAUACAGUACAGAUGACCAACCCACCUUCUCUAUUGACGAAAAUGUCACGUGGGGAAUUACAAUAAACUUUGAAAAGGUGAAAACCAAUGCUGAAGACAUAAAGCCUGAGGAUAAUGAUUACACUGUCGAUGUCCUGAACAGAUGUUCUGUAAACAAGGACAUACGUGGAAAGAAGAUUAUGAAGAUUAUACCUCUCAAUGCCUGUGGAGAACCAGUUUUUAUUUUGUUGCCACUUUCUCAGGGUCUAUCAUCAGUAAUCAGUCGGACUUCUUCUAGGCACAUUUUUAGAGAGGUUUAUGAUCAGUGUUGUGGCAUCUGGUGCGGGAGACUUCUCGCUGAGCUCUCUAUUCUUCCUCUGACCUUUAAUAUUGUCAUUCGAAGAAUUAUCAAAGGUGAUGCUCGCUAUCAUGUUCUCAUGUUCAAAUGCAGUUCCAGUGCUCCGAUUUCAAAUGCAGUUGCAGUGCUCCGAUUUCAAAUCCACUAUGCUAUCAUUUAGACUGUAGCCCUGUUGGCGAUUAACAGAUUAGAGUUUAAGGCUGCUUAUGUAAAUGUCAAAGAUCAGAAGAUCGGGAUUAUCCCAAUAAGUAUUUUCAUGGUAAAUAACUGCUACGUUAUUUGAGAAUUCAUGUUUGGAAAAUGGCUGAUGAUUUGAGAAUUCAUAUGUAACCACAUUCUUCAGCAGCCACCAGUAAUUGAA